AUGAUAAAUAAUAAAUUUGAUGAUGAUCUAGAUGAAUUAUUAAAUGAUAUUAAUUCAGUUAUGGAUAAACCAUAAAAAAAUCCCCUUUCAAAUUAAGUCUAAUAGUAAUAAAUCAAUCAAAAUUAAUAAUAAAAAAGAAAAUGUUUAUCACCUCAAAUUGGAAAUCAAUCUUAACUUCGAAUUUGCACUAAUCUUCGAUGUCUUAAAUGUGAUCUUCAAGUUAAAUGUCAUCUCAACUAAAAAUGGAACAAAGAUGCAGAUUAUUUGAUAUUCAGAAACUACUUUAACAAUAUGCCAAUGUUAUAAAAGUAUUUAACAGAAGAUAAUCAAUAUAAUGCUUAUAAUUGUUAAUGCACCAAUAUAAAUGCUUAUGAAUCAAUUUCGGCACCAUAAAAUUGGGUAUGUUCUGGUCAUACCAAUUGA